AUGGGUUCUUCUUCGGUGAUAACCCCCGAAGAUGUAUUAGAGUCUCUGAUGAACGAUGGUACCAUUGAUGCUCUCAGGUUAAAGAUCAUCAAUCAGCUCAAAGCCAAUGAAGAGCUGAAGAAGACGACCAUUAAAAUGGCGGAACAGAGCAAAGUUCUCAAUACUCCUGGGGCCGAGAAACAAACAAAAAGAGAGCUUUUUGAUGCACUUAGGCAGGAGCUUGAAACCCAAGUGCUUGAGAAGGCCUCUAAGUCUGUUUGGGAGUUAAUUUUAGACAACAAUGGAUUGGGAAAGGAAAUCAACCAUACAGUUGAAAGGGUAUUUUGCAAAUUGAGUGGCCGCGAACCGCCGCUGUUUCUUCCUCCCGAUGCCAAUGAAAAGGCCAAUGACAAGGAAAAAGAAAAAGUAAGAGAGAAAGGUAAAGGCAAAGGCAAAGGCAAAGGCAAGGAAACAGCAGCAAGUGAUCCACAUGAGAAGGAGAAAUCAAAUUCUGCAUCCAAGAAGAGGAGUUUUAGUGAACUAAAUGAACAAGGUGAAGGAGAAGACCAUCAAGUUGCAGCUAAAUCUGAUGAACCUCCAGCUGUUGUGCCUGAAGAAGACUCACAAGUUUUGAAGACUUGA